UCGGCUCCCUGCGGGCGGGGCACUAUUUGCUCAGGGAGGCGGGCUGGAGGAGGCGCUUCUCUGCAAAUGAGCGGGAUCCGGGUGGACCCGGGGCCUGGAGCAGUCAGGUGACCCGACACCCCGAGCCCGGGACCUUGCCCUUGCCAUGGCCGAGGGGCGCGGGGGCCUGGGGGCCCGUUUGGCCCGCCACCUGGCCAGGCUAGGGGCCCGGAGGAAGCGCAAGGGGAAGCGGACCCCGGAGGAGGCCAGAUCCCAGGAUAGGCCCUGGGGUGGCCAGAGCUGCCCUGACCUGGCCCAGGGCCAGGGCAGCACCAGCAAUGUCAGCCUCAAGGCUCAAGUCCAGAGCCUCUCAGAAUGGGACAUUCAGGCAGGGAGCUGUGGUUCCUGGCUUUGGAAGCGACGACACAGCUCAGGGGGGCCUGCUGAACCUCUGGGACGCCUACAGAGGCCAGCUGUGGGCAGCGCCUCUGACCUGGCCAGGUAUGCCUCCAUGGGGCCAGAGAGCCUCGCCCUGGCGGUGACUUCAGCGGAGCCUGCUGCAGCCAAGUGCCCCUCAUGCUUGGUGCCAGCUCCUGGACAUUUGGAACAGAGAUCUCCAGCCUGUGCCUGCCUGCAACCCCUGUACACAGCCCUGAAGUUUCCUCUGAGGCCUGAGCCACUCAGCAACCUGGGAGACAUGCUGCCCCGCCCAGCAUCCUCCCCCAGGGCAGAGGGGGCAAAGGGCGAGACUGCCAGUCCGGGGCCAGCCCUGUCAGAGCCAGCCCAGUCCUUACAUGAGCGUCCCUGUGCCAGGAGGACCCGCUACCACAUCACUGUCACCAUGCGGGGGCGGGGGCAAGCACCUGGGGAGGAGAGUGAGGAGCCCAAACCGGCCCAACCAGCUCCCCACCCCUGCGGCCCUGAGGAAUCCAGGGGCUGGCAGGAGCCUCCGCAGGGGCUCCGCCCCAUCACAAGGUGCCUGACUGACCCGCCCCAGGAGCCCCGGCUCAGAGCCCCACAUCUACAUCAGAGGAGCGCGGCCCAGCGGCAGGAGCUCCAGGCUGGCUGGCCGCCUGGGUCCCCUCACAGACGCGAGCUGGACCACAGUGGGCCAAGGACACCUCAGGACAGGUUGCCGGGGCCCAACAUGGAGGAGGCAAGUGGGCCCCUGGCUCAGGACAAGGCCCGAGUGGUGAGUGCCACACUGACAUGGCGGCAGCGGCCCCCUGCCCAGGAAGAGAUCAAACACCGUUUUCACAAGGUGUCCCUGGUAUCAGGGGCCCAGUUGGAAGCCCCCCAGGAGGAGAUGUUUGAGUAUAGCCACCGUCGAGAGGAAGUCAAUGGCUUUGCUGUACAGGAAGAAGAGACUAUGAGUCACCAGGGCCCCAGGGAUGGGGCUGGCUCCAGGAGCUUCCAGAGCCAUGGGCCCAUCUUUUCCAAGAAGUAUACACUACCUAUCAAGGAGAAAAGGCCAGUGGGAAGGCCCAAGGGGGCUGUGGACCAGGGUGAUGGCAGCCCUCAGGACGCCAGGACUGAGCCGCCAAGCCCGGGAGGUGUAGCCAGGACUGAGUUUUUGGUGCCGGUACAUGGGCCCCGUGAGCCAAGCCCCCACCCAGGUGUGAGUCUCAACAGUGGGAGCCCCUGGAGCCUCGAGGAACGGCGGGUGACGCGCACUGUGCGGACCACCAUGGUGGUGGGAGGGCACGUGGACCGACGGGUGACCAGCUCUGUGACCAAUGCUGUGGGGCCAACGUUCUCAGGCGAGGCCCUGCCAAGGGGCCGCAAUGCUGUCCGCACGAUACGGGCAAUGGUGGUGAGCCCCCGCGCUGAGGGCUCACCCAGCCGCAGUCAGGCCCUGGAGCUGCUAACCAGCCUUGUGCCUGCUGAGCGUAGCCCACUUGCCAGCCGGCUUCCCAGACCCACAGCUGUUGUGCCAAGGAGCCCAGAUCUGGGCAACUCAGAGGGUGCAGCCCUGGGGCAGCUGCCUGAGACAGGGGCAGCAGAGCCAAAGGACAGAUCUUCCCAGGCCCCUGCAGGCAUCCCAGAGGGUGCUCACCCACCUCAGAACCAGGAUGUCCUUGCAGCCCACCCAGACCAAGACCAGGACAGAGCCCAGAAUGCCAGGGUCCCUGAGGUCCCGAGGGUGCAGAGUGCCUCCAGACCCACCCAGCUCCCUCUCCAGACCUCUCAGGACCACGCACCAGUACCCUCUUCUCCUGGACUCCAGACCCCAAAUCCCUCCCUGGGCCUAGUUCACCUGCCAGAUAAGCCUGAGGUACCUGUUCAUGCUAGGGCCCAGCUUAGUCUUGAGCCCAGGGUACCCCAGGCCCUGCCCUCUGUAAAAAGGGAGGGGCUUCCAGAUCCCCCUGCUGCCACCAUCCUGCCCAUGGUGAAGACUGAGGUGGUUACAGUCCCUGGACAAUCUCUUGCUCCAUCCUCUGUAAGAAGGAAGGCUGUCACCAGCCAAGGAGGUCUUUCUGCUCCAUCCUCCCCAAGGAAUAAGGUUGUUCAGGACUCUGAAAAUGUCCCUAUCUUCUCCCUUUCCCCCCAGAAAGAGGUAGUACAGGAUCCGAGUGCUCUUGCUGCCUCAUCCUCCAAACCAACCAAGGUUGUCCAGGGCCCAGAAGGCAGCCCUAGCACCCAAAAAGAGGUUGUCCAGGGUUCUGAAGGCAGCCCUGCCCCUCCCCUCACCAAGGAAGAGGUUGUCCAGGGCCCCGGUGCUUCUGCUGCCCCAUCUUCUGCCCAGAAAGUGGUUGCCCAGGACCCUGCUGUUCUCCCUGUUGCCUUCUCAGUGGGCAAGGUGUCUCCCAGCCCAGGAGGCCCCCUGGCCCCAGCGCCGAUGAGAGCAGAGGCCAGCCCAGAGUCCCAGCUUGUCCCUGACUCCACCAAGGGCAAGGCGCUCCUGGAGCCAUCAAGGGAGGAGGAGGAAGUGGCCCUGACGGCAGACCUGGAGAUUUUCCUGGAUACCCUACGGAGCAUGGAGCCCCCUGAAAUCCUCCGCACUCAUCGGCUGCCUCGAGCCCCCCGCUCCUCCUACCUGGCCAUGUAUGCCACGCUGCCGGCCAUCGAGGAGGACCAGCCUGGGCCAUGGGUGCUGGGACCCAGCCCCCAGGAGGUGCCCACACUGGAAGAAAAAGAGGACGAGAAGGGAGAGGAGGAGGAAGAACUGGAGAACCCCUACCUGAGUGACGAUGAAAAGCUCCAGCGCAGGCAGGAGAAAGCCGGGCCCAGCCCUUCCCACCCUGCCCGGCCCCCCCAAGUCUCUUGCUCUCCUCUGGAGAUGAUGAAGAGGCACGUGGCAGGUGCCAAGGGCUCCCUCCCAGAACUGGGGCCAGAGUGGCAAGCAGGCAGCAGGCCCACUUCCCGUCUUGGAGGCAGCCUUCUCUUUGGGGGUCUGCUGCCUGCCCCCAAGGAGACCCCCACCUUGGAACCAUUGGGUGCAAAACUAUCUACUCUGCCACCUCAUGGGGCACCAGGGGUCAGGAAGGUGGCAGGACAGCUGCCCCUGCUCUACAGCGAAAGGCCACCUCCAGAGAAGUCCGUGCGUGCCCAGCCCCCGGAGGGGUGGAGCCCAGCAUUGAAGACCCAGGGCAAGCUGAACACCAGGCCUGGAAAGAUGAUCCUCUUCUCAGAGCCUGGCUGCCAAGGCAGCAGCAGGGAUGUUUGGGAAGACACUGCUGAUGCUUCUGGUUGGGCCUGUGUGGCCUCUAUACGGGUGGUCCGAGGCUGCUGGGUGCUGUAUGAAGAGCCGGAGUUCCGGGGCCGGAAGCUGGUCCUCCCUGAAGGAGAUGUGGAACUCGGAGCCCCCGGGCCAGCGUGGAGUACCCAAGGCAUUGGCUCCCUGAGAAGGGUAGUCAGAGACUACAUUACCCCAGAAAUCAGUCUGUACUCUGAGGAGGGCCUCAAGGGGCAGCAAGUGAAGCUUACUGAGGCCUUGGAAGACCCCCAGCGCCUGGAGAGGCCCCUGCAGGUGGCAUCCGCCACUGUCUCUGCAGGACUGUGGCUUCUAUACCCCAAACCCUUCUUUGAAAACACUCCCUGCAUCCUGGAGCCUGGAGAGUACCCCACCUCAGAGGCAUGGGGUGCAUCAGACCCCAGUGUGGGCUCCCUGAAGCCCAUGAGAUUGGGCUGCCCGAGUGUGGAGAAGCCAGGGGAGCCCAAGGCUGUGGUGUAUGAGGCCCCAGACUUUCAAGGCCAGAGUUGGGAAGUGAGCCGAGACAUCUAUAACCUUCAGCAGCCAGAGGACAGCCAGAGCCCCCACUUGGCCUCAGUGGGGUCCCUGCGAGUUCUUGGGGGCUGCUGGGUGGGUUACGAGAAGGAAGGUUUCCGGGGCCACCAGUAUCUGCUGGAGGAGGGGGAAUACGCUGAUUGGUCACACUGGGGAGGCUAUAACGAGGCGCUGACCUCCCUGCGGGUCAUCCGGACGGACUUCGGGGACCCGGCCUUGGUGCUGUUUGAGGCCAUGGACUUCGAGGGGCACGGCGUGGAGGUGAGCGAGGCAUUGCGGGACGUGGAGCUGGCGGGACAUGGACCCCGCACGCAGGCCAUCCAUGUGCUCAGUGGCGUGUGGGUGGCCUAUCAGGAGGUGGGCUUCUCGGGGGAGCAGUACGUGCUGGAGAAGGGGGUGUACCGUAACUGCGACGACUGGGGCGCGGGCAACAGCGCCCUCGCCUCUCUGCAGCCGGUCCUGCAGGUCGGAGAGCACAAUCUGCACUUCGUCUCAAAGAUUCAGCUUUUUUCUGGCCCCGACUUCCUGGGCGACCAUAUCUCCUUCGAGGAUGACCAGACAUCUCUGCCCUCCUCUUUCCAGCCCCAGUCUUGCCGUGUCCUCGGCGGCAGCUGGAUCCUGUUUGAUGAGAAGAACUUUGAGGGUGAACAGCACAUUCUCUCCGAGGGCGAGUUCCCCACUCUCACAGCCAUGGGCUGCCUGGCCUCCACAGUCCUGGGCUCUCUCCAGAGGGUGCCCCUGCACUUUUCAGAGCCGUCCAUUUUCCUGUACGGACUGGAGUGCUUCGAGGGGAAGGAGAUUGAGCUCAGCAGGGAGGUGCGGAGCCUGCAAGCCGAGGGCUUCAACAACCACGUGCUGUCUGUGCGGAUCAAGGGGGGCGUCUGGGUGCUGUGUGAGCACAGCGAUUUCCGGGGCCGCCAGUGGCUGGUGGGCAGCUGUGAGAUCACCAACUGGCUGACGUACAGUGGGACCCAGAGGGUGGGCUCCCUCUACCCCAUCAAGCAGCGCCGGGCUUAUUUCCGCCUCUGGAAUGAAGCACUGGGGGGAUUCUUGGCAGUGCCAGACCACGUGGAAGACAUGAAGGCAGGCCGUGUGGUGGUCUCUGAGCCCCGGGCCGGAGGCAGCUGCAUCUGGUACCACGAGGACGGGCUGCUGAAGAACCAGGUGGCCCCCACCAUGAGCCUGCAGGUGAUUGGGCCCCCCAGCACAGGCUCCAAGGUGGUGCUAUGGGCUGAGAGUCGCCUGCCCCGCCAGACAUGGAGCAUCGAUGAAUCAGGCCACAUCUGCAGCCAAAUGUUCGAAGGCCGGAUCCUAGAUGUGAAAGGUGGCCAAGGCUACGAUCGGGACCACGCAGUGCUGUGGGAGCUGGCCAAGGACAGGGCGUCCCAAAUCUGGGCUGUCCGUGUGCUUUGAAUAUCCCCUACCCCCUCAGCCCUGGAGGCUUUCCCUGGGAUGAAAUGUUUUUACAGAGUUUUUUGUUGUAAUAUAAACUGUUUUCUAAUAUGUU